AAGGCUAUUUUCUAGACUCCUCACAGCAAAUUAUGAGUGUCACUCACCAUCGAAUCAUUUUCUGAGUAACAGCGUUUAACAUCUGUCGCUCAGCUGUUGGUUAAUCUCUCUGUGAAACUGUCGUUUUGUGCUUAGUUUUCUUUGUUUGCUAACGUUAGCGUAAAUGUUCGACUUGGACGUUUCUUCCAGCAGGGUAUUUUUGUUUGUUUUCACUCCUUUCUCCUCUCGUUAGCUCCACUUCCUGGCCACUGGACCUCUUUAUGUGUAUGUAUUGAGACCCCGGGUGCCAUUGUAGUCACCCCAGCUACUUGUUUAGAGGAUUUAAGCUGUGUGACAAAUGGCCAACGCUGGUCCUCCGACUCCGGGCGUUGAAAACGCAAGUCCCGGAUCCAGUAGCUCGGCCGCCGCUGACAGUGGCAACCAGGACAGCACCUUUGAAUGUAACAUAUGCCUGGACACCGCCAAAGACGCCGUCAUUAGUUUAUGUGGACACCUCUUCUGCUGGCCUUGUUUGCAUCAGUGGCUGGAGACUCGACCUAACAGACAAGUGUGUCCAGUAUGCAAAGCUGGUAUCAGCCGAGAUAAAGUAAUCCCCAUAUAUGGGCGCGGAAGUACAGGUCAACAGGAUCCAAGAGAAAAAACCCCCCCUCGACCACAAGGACAAAGGCCCGAGCCAGAAAACCGUGGGGGUUUUCAGGGAUUUGGCUUUGGAGAUGGAGGCUUCCAAAUGUCAUUUGGGAUCGGUGCCUUUCCGUUUGGUAUUUUUGCAACAGCUUUUAACAUCAAUGAUGGAAGACCUCCUCCAGCAGCGGCUCCGGGGACACCGCAGCACAUGGACGAGCAGUUUCUGUCUCGACUCUUCCUCUUUGUGGCUCUCGUGAUCAUGUUUUGGCUGCUAAUUGCAUAAAACUCGAGAUCUGACACAUCUUCUGUGAUUCUGCUUCCAUACUCUUUUUUUUUUUCCCCUCUGGCAAUAAAUGUGAUUAUACAUAAACAAAUGACACAUAACUGAAAUGUUGUCACUUUCAUGUUAUAAAUAAUAAAAAGAAAAAAGUAAAAUGAUCCUACUUACAAACGCAGUUCAAAGUUUUAUACAGACAUUCUUUAGGGACUGAUGAGUGAAACUUACCGUGUUUAAAUUUAUUGAAGUGUAUGUUGUUAUUGUUGCCAUCUAAAUCUAAAGAUCUCCAGAUUAUUUGGAAUUGUAUUUAAUUUUUUUUUUUUCCUGGGUCUGGUCACCGAAACAAGGUCAACCUCAGUGCUGAUCGUUUGUUGCUUAAAAAAAAGAAAGUUUUCAGAAACCCCAAAGUUUCAUCACACAAUUAGUGGUUUAGUCUUGCAAGUGAUGGCAACAUAGGGUAUGGGUCUACAGCCAGAAAGAGAAAACAGAUCUUUAUUCUGCAUGGAAGGCAUGCUGGGAAAAGACAAGAAAAAACAGUUUGCCAAACAGGACUUUAGUUAAAAUUAUUUGGCUACAGUAACAAUGAGCGUGUCCUUUGGGAUUUUGGGACAUACUUUGAGGAUCCAGUGAUUAUUUUAACUGAGUUUUGCAACAUAACAAAAAUUACUUAAAUGUAAUCU